AUGCUUCCUCGGGCCCAUACCCACGUCCCCGACUCCGGGCCAGGAGUCGAGCGGCAUUGGGGUUACUUGAAUCGCCAGCUCCCCUGUACCAGUGAUGCCGGCAAAUGCGCCUAUCUCGAUACCGUCUACCACUCGCACGAUCUAUCCGUACUCUACAGUGCGAUUCUGUGGGCGGUCAUCUUGGGAGUCCUCUUCCUGAUCGCUGUUGGGCGGUUCAUCCCAUUCCAGCGAACCAGCAGUGGCCAGCGGGACGUCGAGACGGAGACGCCACGGCAGAGCACUGCUCUCUACCGUCUCAAGCGCUUCUUCAAGGCCAUGUAUCACCGCUAUCUGCUCCAAGAGUCCCUGCCCCAGGUCUUCGGCCGCACCACCCGCUUCAACCUCCUCGUCCUCGCCAUCCUCUGCGUCUACCUCAUCAUCUUCUCCUUCGUCGGCAUCAUCUACAAAACCUGGUACAGCCCGGUGUCCGGGCAUCCCAACCUCCGCCAAACCCGCGUCGGCAUGGGUCCCUGGGCCGACCGCGUCGGCGUCCUCGCCUACGCCCUCACCCCACUAGCCGUGCUCCUCGCCACGCGCGAGUCCCUCCUGUCCCUGCUCACCGGCAUCCCGUACCACCACUUCAACUUCCUGCACCGCUGGCUGGGGUACGUCAUCUACGCGCAGUCCGUGCUGCACACGCUGGGCUGGAUCAUCAUCGAGGGGCGGCUGUACCAGCCGCAGCCGACGACGUGGACCACGUUCAUCGCACAGGAGUACAUGAUCUGGGGCGUGGUCGCGCUGAUCUUGCUCUCGUUCCUGGUCUUCGCCAGCACGAAGACGUGCAUCCGCUGGACCGGGUACGAAUUCUUCCGCAAAUCGCACUACGUCGUGGCCAUGCUGUACGUGGGCGCGUGCUGGGGCCACUGGGCCCAGCUCUCGUGCUGGAUGAUCGCGUCGCUGGUGGUCUGGCUGCUGGACCGCGCGGCGCGGCUGCUCCGAACGGCCAUCCUGCAUGUCAGCGCCGGGGGCCAGAGCUCGGCGCGCAGCCUGCAGAUCCCCAGAGCAGACAUGACCUGCUUCCCCAGCGCCGAGGACGGCGACGUCGUCCGGCUGGAUUUCGACCACGCGCAUGCGCCCUGGGCGCUCGGACAGCAUUUCUAUCUCUGUUUCCCGGAGCUGAGCAUCUGGCAGUCCCACCCGAUGACGCCCAGUAGCCUCCCUGCACCGGGGCACCGCCAGCGGCACUCGUACCUCAUCCGCGCCAAGGGCGGACUCACGAAGCAUCUCGCGGCGCUGACGCAGCGGCAGACCUCCACGCCGAUCGUCCUCUCCGGUCCAUACGGCCAGUCCAUCGCCGCCGACCGCACAGACGACAUCAACAUUCUCUGCGUGGCCGGCGGCACGGGCGUGACCUUCGUGCUCCCUCUCCUGCUGAGCCUCGUGCGCGGGGACCACGCCGCGUCCCCGCGACGGGGCCUGCUCGAGUUCAUCUGGAUCGUCCGACGCCGGGCCGACAUCGACUGGAUCCGCUCCGAGAUGGACGAGCUGUGCGCUGCGGCCGAGGCCCAGCCCGGCUCUUUUCUCAUCCGGGUGUUUGUGACUCGCGAAGACGGCUCGGGCGAGCAGACGGCGCUUGUCAAGGAGCAUCUCGCGAUCGAGAUCUCGUCGGGGGAAAAACCACCCGCGCAGCUCACGGUGCUGUACACCGCGUCGCACGCGACCCGGCACCCGGAUGUGCCGUCGCAGGUUACUGAUUUCGUCUCGCGGACGGCGCAGGGUCCGACGCGGGUGAUCGCCAGCGGUCCGACGGGCUUGGUGUCGGAUCUCCGUCGUGUUGUUGCAUCGUGUAAUGAUCCCGCGAAGGUGUGGAAGGGGGAAGAGCGGUUUGAUGUGCAGCUGGUGCAUGAUGAUCGGCUGGAGUGGUAG